AGAUUCGGUGUUUGCAAAUAAUAUCUACGCACAGCGAUUCUCUCGCGGUACAUUUCGCGUCGAUGUACACCUAUGAAGAGAAGUUCUGUGAAGUAAGAUAAGUCAGCUGAGCGAGAUGCUCCGACACUUGGUUCGCGGCUUGGGCCUCGGGUCUCGGGUGCUCAGAAGCACUCCCGUUAUUCGGCGCGCGGGCUUCCACAGAGCCUCUGUAUACUGCAACGAUGUUGGCGGCGGAGAAAUGCUCGAAUUCCCUGGCGCUCGGACCCGCUGGACAGAGUCCCUCCAGAUGUUCAACAAGGACUCGUAUGAACCGCUCCCCGUCUACCGGGUUAUGGACCCCAAUGGGAACGUCAUCAACCCCGAACACGACCCCAAGAUCCCUGAUGCGAAACUCAUAAAAAUGUACGAAGGCAUGGUCACGCUGAACGUCAUGGACAAAAUCCUCUACGAGUCCCAGCGUCAAGGUCGGAUAUCGUUCUACAUGACGUCGUUCGGCGAAGAAGGCACACAUUUCGGCAGCGCGGCUGCUCUCGACGACAAAGAUCUCGUUUAUGGGCAGUACCGAGAGUCCGGGGUUCUCAUCUGGCGAGACUUCGGAAUCGUGGAAAUGAUCAACCAAUGCUACGGUAAUUCGUUGGACGCUGGCAAGGGACGUCAAAUGCCCGUUCAUUACGGGUCGAAAGAAAAGUCGUUUGUAACCAUCAGCUCUCCACUUACGACACAACUGCCUCAGGCUGUGGGCUCAGCGUAUGCUUUCAAACGGGCGAAGAAAAAUCUCGUUGUCAUGUGCUACUUUGGCGAAGGAGCUGCUUCGGAAGGUGACGCGCACGCUGCAUUCAACUUUGCGGCCACUCUGGAAGCGCCCGUGAUCUUCUUCUGCAGGAACAACGGUUACGCGAUUUCCACCCCGACCAAGGAUCAGUACAGAGGCGAUGGAAUCGGAGCCAGGGGACCGGCCUACGGAAUCGCGACAAUCCGUUGCGAUGGCAAUGACACAUUGGCGGUUUACAACGCUACGAAGAGAGCUCGCGAAUAUUGCCUCAAAGAGAACAAACCGGUCCUCGUAGAAGCCAUGACCUACAGACUGGGCCACCAUAGCACGUCGGAUGACUCCACGGCCUACCGGAGCAUUGACGAGGUGAAAACUUGGGAGGAGAAAGCUCAUCCUCUCGUUCGGUUCAGAAAAUUCAUAACUUCGAAAGGUCUCUGGACAGAUGAGCGUGAAGAGCAGUUCCGCGACGAAAUCAAAAAAGAGGUUUUGCGAGUCUUCCAAGAGGGCGAGCGUAUAAAGAAGCCUCCGAUCGACGUGAUGUUUACCGAUGUAUACAAAGAAAUGCCACUCCACAUCCAAGAGCAAAGAGAUCAACUUCGAGAGCAUCUCAGCGAGUUCGGACAACACUACCCGUUGGAGCAGUUCCAGUGAUUCGCAGCAUGGCGCGAAGUCUGAUCGGCUGAAGUUUGCGACGGAAACUCCGGCGUGCCCCGUCGUUCCGGCCCGUCCGAGGAGCAGACCUCACGAGCCCUCCUCUAUAUGCAUUCCUGGACUCGUCCUCGACGUCGAUCACACAGAAUUUCUUUCUUCUCCGACGGUCGUAGCUCAAUUCGUAACAAAAGGACUGUUGAACCUACUCGAAUUCGGGAACGAUUUUC